AUGAGCGUGCCUCGCGACGACGCGUCUUCACUCUCGCAAUCGACGUCGUCGCUCUCGCACUCCAAUUCGCUUACAUUCGGCGGAGCACGUCGGAGUUUGUCCGUUCGAUCAAGCACUUCGGCUGUGGACGGCAAGGCCUCGCAGCGCCGGGCGCUUGGCCACGAGCGGACAGCAACUCACGUUGGGCACGAAAGGGCGACGCGGCAGUCCUCAGGAGGCUCUACGAGGUCCAUCACCGACCCACAUAUGCGCCGGAAGAAGAAUCUCGUCACGAAGAUGGAGGGCUGGUGGAACGCAGUAAAAAGCAACUUCAGCAACGAGCAGCAUCCCACAGAGCGCCACCCCAGCUACUCCCAGCCUCGAGCGCCAUCGGCUCCACAAAGCAGACGCGGCAGUGACAAGUCGCAAACAACGUUGGGCCAGAGUCUCAUGCCACCUGCGCCAGCCAGACGUGCGUCAUCCUCAUCUGGGCGGUCAAUACGUGGCGCGACGUCGCAUGUCGAACUACGCUCGCCUCAGCACCAGCAAGCUGAAGUCCCUGUGGUCGCUGAGCCCAGUCGACUCCCGACUCUCUCAGCUGCCGUGAAACAGCCUCCACCCGCGCUUUCCAAGGAAGGCGACAUCGGGCAUCUGGAGCGGCACUCGCCGGCGCGACCUCGAUUGGAAGCGCGCCGCAACCAGCCUUCACUUCGACUGGAUCUGGACUCGAACAUUCUGCUCCCGCGCCCGUCUCAACCAACAGCCCAGACCACAAGCUCCCACGCCACGGGGUCCAGUGGCUUCGGCUCGCACUCGGGCUCAGGCUCGCACCAUGCACCCCAGGACUCAAGAACCACGUCCUACGGCUUCGGCAUGGGGUUCACACCUGGUCCAACGCGAUGGGACGGGCAGCUCAUGCCGUCGCCGACGAUGCUGGCCGAACCAGAGUCGUUAAAGGAGAACAAACCCGUCGCACCAGGCGCAGAUCUCACUGUCGCGUCAGUCCGCCAGCACGUCAAGCAACGCCUCAACGCCGCAAAGGAGCAGUGCGAUCAGACCCUGAAGAGGAUCAUCGGCGAAAUGACAGUGUAUGAGGAUCAACGGAUCAACGCCGCGUCCGAGUACGUCGAGGAGACUCGGCAGGACUACUUUGACACGUUCAGCGAUUCGCCUGUCCUUGACGCAACAGAUACGGAGGACGACUCGGCAGUACCGCCCUUCAGCCGUGGGUAUGCCAAAUCUACCCACGCUGACUCGCCAGUGUCAUCUCGCGGCCCUUCAAGACGAGGCUCGAUCUCGAUGUCAUCUUCGGCAGUCAUGUCUAGUCCAUCAAGGCGCAUGGUCCUGUUGUCCAGCGUACCUUCGAGCCCGCGCCGGUCGAUGAGCCGGCGUCGUCCCAGCAUUGCUCCUCGCGUCAUGCCUCGCGACAUUGCACCUCGCGGCCUCGGAGUUGACCCUAACCCCUCUGCCUCUAGCUCACGCUCGACCUCGAGAUCGCGCUCACCUAUGCCUCAUGUGCGAACGACCGCUUCCGGCUCUCUCCUUGACGAUGGUAUGGAGGCUGAUCGCCAGUUCUUACAUACGCUCCAGGAUUUGAUCGUGCGUGCGACGGAUAUCCUGGAUCUCUCUGUGGACAGCCUUCUCUCACGUCCGACAGCCUGUGUGGACAUCAUCCGCCAGCUGCAAAAGACCGGCCAGGCCUGGGAUGAGCAUGAGGAGUGGCCCGGACGCGAAUGGUACGUCGACAUCCUGAUGGCCGUUGCAGCGCUUGGCCGCGUGCUGGACUGGUGGCAGGCCGAAAAGGGCUUUUGGAACUUUGAAGACGACGACGCAAACGAGCCGCUCAGCUAUGUCCUCCGUCCCGCAAAGGAGACCCCCCACUUUGACCUUGAACCGGGGUCGGCACGACCGCUCAGUUCGGCAGCCGUCUCGCCCAUCACGCUGCCCGCUCAGGAUCCCGGACUGCACGACCCUACGAUGUCGACAGCGACGAUCACACUCCCGCCACUGGACGAUCAUGCCUCUAUUCCGCAGGAGGAGGCUGCGAUGAUCCAGGCUUCGCAGGCCAUCCAGGACCUGCGCACGCGCGCCGAGCAGGUUAAGAGCAUCAACAUUGUUAUGGAGCUGUCCCUCCAAGGCGAGGAAAUCCUUUACGUCAACGACGCGAUUUACGAGGUCCUUGGACGCGAGCCAGACGAUGUGCUCGAUCGACCUAUCUCUGACAUCACCGCCCCCGCUGACUGUGCGCACUUCACUGAGGCCACGAAGAGGUUGCUAGAAGAUGACAGCAACACGGUCGAGCUGCGCUUCCGCCUCGAGGUCCACGACAGCGUCGAGGACGAGGCCACCGAAGACCGCCAACCCGGUCCAGUGUACAUCGAGCUCGAAGGCGUGGGGAUGCUCAUUCGCGAAAAUGAUGAACCAUCCCACACCAUGUGGGUUAUGAAGCCCGUCACCGCGACCAAGGUCGAGGGCUUGACUGAGGCGCUAUUCCCACGCGAUGGGGUCAUCUCGACGGAGGGCGUCCUGUGUCGCAUCUGCGAACGCGAAAUUGUGGUCUGGUUCUUCGAGAAGCACAACGAAACCUGCGACGCCGUGCAUCGCCUUGAGGCCGAAAUCUCGCAAACGGACGACUGCAUCGGGGAGUUGAUCCAGACGUGCAACAAAUUGCUCGUCGAGAUCGAGCUAACUGCCUCCAUGGAUGUGCAGGGACAGAUGGUCAUCUUCUACACCAUGCCAGACUGCUUGUCGAACAGUUCAUCGUUCACUACCGAUCCCAUGGGCGUCGAGAUCCGCAAAUUCGACAUGUAUCAUCUCGAAGAUGCGAUCAGCAUUCUCACCCUGGCGCGCCAAAUCGAGACCCCAAGUGUGCAGGAAGACGAGGCCGACCUGCCGUUCAAUUUCCAGCGCUACCUCUCGCCCGCAUCAGAGGAGAAGCUGGCAGCCAUCACGCGAUGGCAGAAGCCCCACACGGCGGAUCGUGCCCUCGGUGUCCUUCUCACUCUCGUGGAGGAGCAACUCCGCUGCAAGCAGAUGGCUACCGCGCGGAUGCAGAGCACCAUUCGGUACUCUGAGAAGACGCGACAUGAAUGGGAGGACAAGGUCAACCAGAUGCUCGCCGACAGCGACAGCGCAUCCGAAAGCGGUUCAGACGGGAGCGUGGCGCAGGCCGAACCAGCGGAGAACUCGCCACCGGGGCCGCGCAAGAUUGCACCCCUCGCCCGUUUGCCUAUCACUCAGGGCCACCCGGCGAGAUGGCCGCAAAUGCUUGAAGAGGCAGCUGCCGCCGCCAAGCCGUCGCCGCCCAUCACCUUGCCUCCGACUGAGGAAGAGCCGGAGCCCACGUCCAGCCCAACGGCUAUCGAGAGACCCGUUGCUACCCCCGAAGCACCCGAUGUCACAACACCCAUGCCGAACGCCCCGUCCACUCCACUCACGCAGAUAUCGGGUGCCCAGAAUGAGGUGGAAGCAAUGUCGGCAAGAAUGGGCGCACUUGGUCUGCACGGAUCGCCUCUGCUGUUAUCGCCGGCAACGGCGUCCGCAUCACCGCAGCUGAAGGGUUUGGACCGCAGCAAGUCGGGACACUCUCGCAAGGUGUCAUCGACCAAGGCGAUACGCGAGGGUCCUAUGUCACCCGCCGUUGCCGCCUCCCGCGUUGCACAGCCGUCGAUCAAGGACUUCGAGAUCAUUAAGCCGAUCAGCCGGGGUGCGUUUGGGUCUGUGUAUCUCGCCAAGAAGGUGACGACGGGCGACUACUAUGCGAUUAAGGCGCUGAAGAAGGCUGACAUGAUCGCCAAGAACCAGGUCACCAACGUCAAGGCAGAGCGCACCAUUCUCAUGAACCAGGCGAGCUCGCCGUACGUCGCCAAGCUCUACUUCUCUUUCCAGAGCAAGGAGUAUCUUUACCUCGUAAUGGAGUACCUCAAUGGAGGCGACUGCGCUACGCUCGUGAAGAUGCUCCAGGGGCUGCCCAUUGACUGGGCUCGCAACUACAUCGGCGAGCUCAUCCUCGGCCUCGAGUAUCUGCAUGCGCGCAAUGUAGCACACCGCGACAUCAAGCCAGACAACCUCCUCAUCGACUCCCAAGGGCAUCUCAAGCUCACCGACUUCGGAUUGUCUAAAAUUGGUCUGCUCAACCGCCAGAUCGGUGGCCCGCGCCCCCCAUAUCUCAAGGGGACGAGUCUGCGUGCCACGGCGUCUGCUCGCAGAGGUUCGACCAUCUCGAGCAUCACCGACUCGCCAUUCAUGUCGCCCGAGCUUAUGCCGACAAGCACGCUGCACCAGGGCUUCUUCUCGCAUGAUGCGGGAUCCGCUGACGAGUCAAGUGGUUCCGAAUCAGCCGGUCUAGCGCCCAAGCAUCUCCGGCACCUGGCCGGUAUCCCGAAGAUGUCGGCCGACAUCGCCGGCGCGUCCAACCCCGGAACAGGCACCGAGCCACCACGCUUCGUUGGCACACCAGACUAUCUGGCGCCUGAGUCUAUCCUCGGUGGCAGCACGGAUGACCGCAUGGCGGACUGGUGGGCAGUCGGCGUGGUUCUCUACGAGUUCAUUUACGGCUUCCCACCAUUCCACGCGGAGACGCCCGAGAAGGUGUUUGACAACAUCAUCUCCCGUCGUAUCGAGUGGCACGAGGACGAGAUGGAACUCCCUGCGGAGGCUCGCGACCUCAUGGACCGCCUGAUGUGCACCAACCCUGCCUUGCGGCUGGGUGCUCACGGCGCUGAAGAGGUGAAGCAACACGCCUUCUUUGCAGGCAUUAACUGGGCGACGCUCACCACGGGCCCAGCGCUCUUCGUCCCCGACGCCACCGACCCGGAAUCAACCGACUACUUCGAUCCGCGCGGCGCCACGACCGGGCAGUUUGAUGAGGAAGGCUCCCCGCCCAAAACGUUCAAGCACGCACCGGAGCACCAUCAGCAACCGAGCGGCGACUCGGACGAUUUUGGCACCUUCAACUUCAAGAACCUCCCGGUAUUGAAGCAAGCCAACGAUGACGUGAUCAAACGCAUCAGGAGCGACAGCAUGGCUGCUGGCGCGCUCAGCCCAGAGCACCAACCGAAGGAGUUCCGCCGUAAGCACGCGCGCAGCAUAUCGCGAGUCCAAGGGCCGCCUAGCCCAUCCACCUCGACCUCUUCUGCCGGCUCAACGCCGUCUAGGCUGGCUCUAUCCCCCACCACACCAGCGACCGCAACCAUACCCCACGCUCGACGGCCCAGCGAGGUGUCUGCUCUCGAGCGCGUGAAGUCGACAGAAGACGACCGUCGGCGCACCAACCGAUUCCGCGCGGGCAGCAUUUCGUCCGCCUCAGACCGCAGUGUCACUGACCCAUGGAAGGCGCAGAAGCGUGCCCUUCUGGCGGAGAAGGAAGCAAAGCUUCUCCCAGCUGCCGACCCCACGCGUACAGACCGACCCUUAUCUGUUCUGAUCGCCGAGGACAACCCGAUCUCGCAGAAGAUCCUCGAGACACUCCUUGUCCGCAUGGGCUGCGAGUGCGUGUGCGUCCAAGAUGGACCGGAGGCUCUCGCGGCUGCCAUGGGAUCGAUCAAGUACGACGUCAUCAUUUGCGAUAUACACAUGCCGUUCGUUACCGGCGAGCAGGUUGCGCGCAUGCUUAGGUCCACUGCGAACCCGAACCAGGACACGCCGAUCAUCGCCGCCACAUCAUACGACCAGUCUGUUACGGAGGAGGGCACGUUGUUUAGCGCCGUGCUCGCAAAGCCUUUCCAGAAGGUCGACCUCCUCCGUUGCCUCGCCAAGGCAGGAUUCACACUGAGUUGUGCAACCCUUGGCGACACACCCGUCCACACCCCUGCCUGA